AUGUCCAAUGAGAAGAGAACAUUGGAUGGAGCUGUGGCGAGGAGAAAACCAUUGACAGCUGAGGAGAAAGCUAAUGCACUUCGCAGAGCAAGCCCAAGCCUCAAAUCUCCUUACUUCAUGAGUAUACCAGCAAGCGUUGCUAGGGAAUAUUUCAAAAAAAGUGGGGCUGUCACCCUCAAUACAGUUGAUGGGAAAUUUUGGUCUGUGCGUAACUUAUGGCUGGAGAAAAUUUGCAAAAGAAAUCACUUGGAAGUUGGUGAUGUUUGUGUUUUUGAACUGAUUAAUCGCAUUGAAAUUACAUUGAAAGUAGUCAUUUUCCAAUACAUCAAAGAUGGAAAUGGCAACCCAUCACUUGGAAACAGCAAGCAAUUGAAACAUGAAGAAAGUCUUAUCCACAGGGAGUUUAAUCCAGGGAAUUCCGCAAAGGCUCUCGGCGCUAUCGAAGCUGCCAAGAAAUUUACCUCAGUGAAUCCUUUCUUCAAAGUGAUCAUUCGUCCCAGCUAUAGGCGCACCUCAGUAGUAAGCUCGAGUAACACUGAAAUAACGAAAUGGCACAGAACUAGUAACAAUUUAUAAGCAAUUGCUUUUCUUGCAUGAUAGAAAUGGCAUUAAACUGAUAUACCACUAGACUUAAAGCUUUUUAUAAAUGUUGCACAGUUUUCAUUGUGCAGCCUGUACCGCUAAAUCUUGCUGUGGA